AUGUAUAGGCCAACCUCCAUGUUUUUGUUCAAGUUCAUUCUUCGUAACCAGUCUUACUACGAGAUGAAGUGUAGUAACGAGGGUCUGCUGAGUAUCCCCAAGUUUGACGAAACCAAAGUCACAAACGAUGCACUGGAUAUAGACCUAUCGAAAAACAAUAUCACUGUAAUUGGUGACAGUGCCUUUGCAAACUUUCUCGUGGGUGACAUUCCACUAUGUGAAUCCUAUGCAAAUGGGUUAUUUUUGUUUGGUCGAAACUGUGAAUAUCUGUGUCACUGCGCCGGGGGCCUAAAGUGUGAUGACGUCACAGGCGCAUGUAGCAACGGCUGUGGUGACCACUGGUUUGGACCUGCUUGUCAGUAUUAUGAUGUUGCACUAGGUGUAAAAUCCAGACAUCUAGACAACCAACCGGAUUACCAUUAUUCGAUAGAGGCCAAUGACGGUAACCCAAAUACAUGCAGUUAUACAAACUGCGCAUCCGCUGCAAACGACAGACAAAUUCCACCAUACUGGAUCAUUUUCUUUCAAAAGGAUGUCUAUCUGUCUAAAUUUGAGCUAGAAACAUUCUCGUCUGCUCCUUAUCAAGGAUUUUACGACAAAUUUAAGCUUUACGUCGAAAAUUAUCCAAGCAAUAGAAUGUUGAAUACUCCCGACGAUAGAAACUACAUCCCACCGGACGCGGACAGAAAAUUGUGCUACCAACAUGAUGGGUUGGACACGCCCAGUGAUAAAAUGGCUGUAAACUGUGGGCGGUCACUUUCUGGAAAUUCGGCUAGAAUUGAGAUGAGAGAUAAAAGUACACAACUGGUGCUGUGUAAUAUUAAGAUUAAUAUUGGAAGAAAUGUUGCACUUAAGAAGACAGCAUCCUAUAGUGAGGAAAAUCAACAAACUUCUGAUCCUGGAGCAGCGGUAGACGGUACCACAACAACACCUUGUGUCUUUGUGACUGCAACUUACCCUUGGUGGGAAAUCGACCUCGGCACCAAAAUGAAAGUUAACAGGAUAGUGAUUAGCGAAUAUAGCACCGGGUAUUUAUCCGGAUAUGCUGUCGAGACAGCCCAAGUUCCAGGCGGUAAUAGAACUACAGUAUUUACUGAUAACUCGGGAUUGACACCUACAGAAAUAUAUACAUCUAUCGAAGCAAGGCUUAUUAGAAUAUCUAGGUCUGGUAGGACACUUGCAUUAUGCGAAGUUCAAGUAUUUGGAGAAUGCUGUUACUUACGUUGGGGAAAUGAAUGUGAAAACAAUUGUGGCCAAUGCCUUGAUGACUAUUGCUACGAUUUGAAUGGAUAUUGCAAAAAUGGUUGUAAGAGUGGUUACAAAACAACAUAUACGUGCUUGGAUGAAUGUGAUGAUGGUCAAUUUGGGAAGGGUUGUUCCGGUAUUUGUGGUCACUGUCUGGACGGGUUGCCAUGCAACAAGAGGACUGGAUACUGUGAUCAAGGGUGUACACCGGGAUGGACUGCAGAACCAACGUGCAUACAGGAAUGUCAAGAUGGAAAUUAUGGUUUGAACUGUACUGGAGUUUGCAGCUCAACAUGCGAUGAUGUAUGUAAUAAGACGGACGGUGUUUGCCCAGCAUGUACAAGUGGAUGGCAAGGGCACUUUUGCGAGAAAGAAUGCGACAAUGGAACUUACGGCGUUGGAUGUAUGCGUAACUGCUCCAACUGCUUUAAUGGUGAACCGUGCGAGAAAAGUACGGGUGUGUGCAUAAAUGCUUGCAGUGCAGGAUGGCAGGGGGAAAUGUGUGACAGAGAAUGCGAAGACGGUAGAUAUGGAAAUAAGUGCAAACAUAUGUGUAGCCAAACAUGCGAUGGAACUUGUAACAAAAUGUUUGGAGAGUGUUUCGCGUGUCUAAAUGGAUGGAAUGGCACUUUCUGUGAGGAAGAAUGUGAGGACGGGACUUUCGGGAGAGAGUGCCAAGAGAUGUGUUUGAACUGCUUCGAAAACGACACAUGCAACAAAUCUACCGGCAAAUGUCCACGUGGAUGUCAACCUGGCUGGCAAGGAUACACAUGCGAUCAGGAAUGUGCGGACGGAAGCUAUGGAUUAGCCUGUAAUCAGACGUGUAGUAAAACAUGUAAUGGAACAUGUGAAAAGAAACUUGGUAUUUGCCCUGACUGUAUCCCAGGAGUAGGUGGCGACUUCUGUGACGAAGAAUGUCUUCCGGGAAUGUAUGGAGCUCGUUGUAAACACAAAUGCGGCGCCUGUGGCAAUAGAACGACCUGCCACACAGCCUCUGGAAUAUGCGCCACUGACGUAUGUGAACCGGGAUAUAAAAUUACAGACAAGUGUCAUGAAGUGUGUGACAAUGGCCACUUCGGCCAUAACUGCUCCCAUAAGUGCGGCAACUGUGAGGGUGUUUGCAACAAAGCCAACGGACAUUGUGAACACGGAUGUAUUGAUGGGUUUGAAGGAGAAGCCUGUGUAACACAAGCACAAGCGAGUGGUCCUGGUCUAGUUGCUGCUGUUGGUGGAAGCGUUGGCGUCGUUGUUGUGAUGGCAGUGCUCUUGGUAGUUGUCCUCGUUUUGUAUAGAAGAAGACGGGCCAAACCACUGUGUUCUAAAGAUGCCAGUGGAUUUACAAACUUGACAGAUGAAAAUGAGAAGAGAGAUGACUCAAACCAUGGAGUGACGUCUUUGCCCCUAUCAGAAUAUGUGAACGAUGCAAUUAAAAAAGAAACUGGACACAAUGAGGAUAGUCCGGAUGUUGACAGUGUCUAUUACAACAACGAGGUUAUUGUAAUAGUAGAACAGUGUUCAAAGACAAAGAUAUCUUUGGAAAACUUCAAAGAGUAUUUGCUACAGAGCAGCAUCACGUUUUUCAUGGAGCAAUUCCAGAAACUUCCAUCAGGACUAUGCCAUGCCACGCAUGUGGCCUCAGACCCGGUGCAUAAUGGAAAAAACCGAUACAGGGGAAUGUAUGCAUAUGAUCAUUCCAGAGUUGUUUUGAAGAAACUAAAAGGGAAACCUCAUACUGAUUAUAUAAAUGCCUGCCAUAUCAAUGGUUACCAAAGACAAAACUGUUACAUAGCUGCUCAAUGUAAGACAAUUUGAUGCGACUGCAAAUACUUUGAAGAGAAUGAUUAAAUUUGGUUACAAGUUUUAACGAGUUGUCUGAUUAACUAAAACGCGACCAACCGAGGCAACAAUGAAUGAUUUUUGUCGUAUGAUUUUGGAACAAAGAAUAAAUACAAUUGUCAUGGUUACAAAUCUAUCUGAAGAAGGACGGAUGAAAUGUUUGAAAUAUUGGACAUCAGAAAAAAACGACCAGCCUGAGAAUGAUGCUAUUGUACUUGCUUUAAAACAUGAACAAAAGUAUGCAGACUUUACUAUUCGUCGUUUGCGG